UCUACAUAUAAAACUAUCUGACGUUUUAAAUUUAACAGAAAUCUUUCUGAAACAAAAAUUAUUUGAGGAUGAAUAAGAAGCUUUCGCCAGAAGAUGCAUUUUACGAAAAUUUGACAUUGGGCCUUAUAAGGACCCUCUCCAAUGUGCCGAGGGUGUGUAAUGUGACUUUGGAACGCCGACAACCUCUGAACUCCUGUCAGGUUGUCAAUUGGGAGCAGAGACACUGCGUCUACCUUCCCGAAGAUAUGAAAAAGUUCUAUCUUUCCUCUGAUGGAUUCAUUCUGAACUGGAGUUAUCAAUACGCUCCAAACGAUAUCCGGCGAGUGGGUCACAUCCACUUUCCACACCUGCUUCAGGUGACUCUUCUGCGGGAGAAUAUCGAAACAACAGCAAGCCAGUCCAGUAAUUCAACGACUAUGCCCAAUAGCAACUCGGAUGUCCUGGGCGCGGCAACCAGCUCGCAAUCCAUUCCAGCUACAGUGUCCUCCGGCAAGGACAAAUGGGGAAAUGCCACGCCUAUUAUAACGGCCAAGUCCAAGAUUUUUGAGAUCAACAAUGUGAACGAGGUGGCCAAGGUGUGCAUGCUGUACGAAUCCACCAGUUCCAACAAUCCCAAGUUCUAUUUGCUGGAAUUGAGCACCUUGAGCUGGCAAUUUCUGGCGGACACUUUCAGUGAAUACCUGAGAAUGGCCAUCGCCCAUUUGGGUCUGCCCUACUGGGAGCUGUGCUUCUCCACCUGCGGACUGCCCUCUUGGACGGAGCAGCUGUUCCUUCUUCUGGCUCCACAUCUCCUUGAGGAACACGAACCUAGACGCGGUAGAGUGUUGAAUCCCGCCUGCGAGCAUCCGUACAACAUAAUCGAUCCGAAUAUUUUUCGGGGCAAGCCGAAAAGUGUGGCUAAAGCGACUGCCAGUAGUACUAAGCAAAACCAUAAUAAGUGACUUUCAGUAGAAAAGAAAACAAUUUAUUUGUGAGGGUACAUAAAUGCCACAAAACAAUGAAAUGAAUACGUGCAAGGAGUUUCCUGAGGUAAGAUUGGGUCAAUAUGUGCGGAAAAAAUUCAAUAAAGUAAAUAAACCCCAA